GGCCAGACAUGGCGGCGAUUCGAUGAGCCAAUUGGAGCAGCGCUCUCUUAGAGGAUCAGAUAUUGUAAAUUCCCCUUACAUUCGCGUCAGUGAAUGAUUUUCUGCAACCAGUUUCGUCGUUAUUGAUAGGAAAACGGGUUUUUAUUGUUACGGGAGGGUGAUCGUCGUUCGUUGACCAAAAAGUAGAAGCCACGCAAGAUCGUAUCGAAACUUUAAUCAUGAAAGAAUUGUGUUUGGUCACGUGACCGUAGCCGAAAAAUGGCGCAAAGAUCAGAGUACAAACAUGGGUUCCAUUUCAUUGCUACGGUGUCAUUUGUAUUUGUUUACAAGCGCGCGUUUUCACAAACCACGUGUUAAGUAAGUGCCAUUUCGUUGACAGUGGGUGACAGACAAUGACGGGAAGAGGGUCGAAGAGACGGGGCCGACCCCCAAAGUCGGUGGUCCUGGAAAGGCCGAAAAAGUUUCAGUAUCAUCUUAUGAAGAAGCCAAAAUAUUUGCAAAACAAGGGUUCGGAAACGCCAAAUUCACAGCCGAGUACGCCAACGCCAUCGAGGCCAUCGUCACCAGUUGAAAGUGAAGAGAGCAGACGAAGUACGCGGACUCGUAAAUCCCGAGGACCCAGGGAAAGACAUUCUCGUAAAGGUGGCCAUUCAAGUUCUGGUGUAUACCAUCGCCGAGGUUACAAUCCAAAUGUCGACUACAACGACUCUGAAUAUCAUUAUGGCUCGGAUUUUGGUGAUGAGUCAAGUGACAAAAGCGAUGGUGAAGAGGAUCCUCUACAAAGUGAUGUAGAUUCCUCUGAAAGUAUAGAAGAACCUGAUCCCUCCAGUGACAGUGACUUCUCCCUCUCCAGUUAUAGCACUACCAGUGGUACACCCCGCAAGACACUGCUUAGCCAGCAGAGACCGCCAAGUCCUGAACCGUUAUGGCUUCAAAACAGGGAACUGCCGUCACUGAUCUUACCUAAAUCUUCUGACGACCUAUUAGUCCCUAAGGAAUUUGUUAUGCCAUCUUUAUCUAUAUACGAAGUACUGAGACACUUCCGCACUUUGGUGCGUCUUUCGGCCUUCAGAUUUGAAGAUUUUUGUGCUGCUCUUGUGUGCGAGGAUCAAACUAAUUUAUUGGCUGAAAUACAUAUUAUGCUUAUCAAAGCUCUACUUAGAGAAGAAGAUUCUCAGCAGACACACUUUGGUCCUCUUGAUCAAAAAGACUCUGUGAAUGUUAGUUUAUAUUUUGUGGAUUCUAUGUCUUGGCCAGAAGUGCUACGCUCUUAUGUAGAAAGCGACAAGUGCUUUGAUGAAAAUAUUUUACACAUUUUGUCAACCUGUGAAUAUCCUUUUACUUCUAUUGAAGACAGAAUCAAGGUGUUGCAAUUUUUGACUGAUCAAUUUCUCAUUACAAAUCCAGUAAGAGAAGAUCUGUUGCACGAAGGGAAUAUGCAUUACGACGACCAUUGCAGAGUUUGUCAUCGUUUGGGGGAUUUAUUAUGUUGUGAAACUUGUCCAGCUGUAUUUCACCUAGAGUGUGUUGAACCUCCAUUAGUCGAUGUUCCCACUGAAGACUGGCAGUGUAGUACAUGUAAAGCUCAUAAAGUGACAGGAGUUGCAGAUUGUAUACCUGAUGUUGAAAAAAAUGGUUCAUUAUGUCGUCAGGAACAUUUAGGAUUUGACAGACACGGUAGAAAAUACUGGUUUCUUGGAAGAAGAGUUUUUGUUGAAAGUGAAGAUGGUGAAGUUUGGUAUUACAGUACACCUUUACAGUUAGAAGAAGUAAUGCUUUGCUUUGACCGUAAUGAAAUGGAAGUUGCACUUUAUAGAGAAUUAUCAGAUUAUAAAGAUGAAAUUGUACGACAAAUGGAACUUACAGAAUCAAUUACUAAUCAAUACAAGGGUAACAAAAAAUCAUACCUAGAAGUGGAAAACAGUCUUAUACAAAGAUUACAAAAAGAACGUCAAGAAAAACAAGAGAAGGAAGAAGAGGAGAGGAAGGAGAAACAGAGACAAGAAGCUGAAGAAAUGGUACGCAGAAUACACGAAGGUACAGACUCGCUCGAAGAACGAUUAGCAGCUGUUACAGAACAGCAAGAAGUAAAACCAUCUGAAGAAUUGUCUACAAGGGAAAAUGUCCCAGAUAUGGUUGCAGAAAAUGUAGAGGUUGAUGGCGUAGACACUGAUUUAUCCGUAGACGUAGCGAGUAAAGGUGUUAAAGCUAAUACAUCCACUUCGUCGUCUGAAGAAAUCGAUGAAGAAGCAUUAGAAGGAGAAGAGGGUGUAUCAAAAAUUGGUAAAGAUGGGAAGAAACAUACAAUUGUAACAAGAUCAAAAACGGGAUCGCUGCAGCCCAGAACAUUCAAUAUGGAUGAUUUAAAAAGGCGAAGUACUGCACAAUUAUCAAAGGAAGAAUUAGAAAAGUUAGAUAAAAGUUUAAAAGAGGAAGGGGACGGUACUAGAUUAACAAGACAGAAAGCCCAUCAAAUAGCUUCUGGUACACAUCUUUUUAAAUUGGGAAUGGAUAACACUUUUAAAUCAUACGUGAAUCAAUACAGCACCAAUCCCAUUGCUCUGAACAAGGCUCAGCGUAACGAAGAACGCGACAAAAAGAGACAUUUGUCGCAUAAAUUUUCACUCACGCAGGCUUCCGAAUUUAAAUGGGUGGGAAGUUUGACAGGAACUCGUGCUCUUCUGGUGAGCACACUGCGUCAGACAAUUCUUCAACUGGAAAGUAAUAUUCAAGCACCAUUUAUGCAUACCAAUUGGCCUCUACUUCGCAAACCUUGGACCACAGCAGUGGGUGCUUGCGUAAAUCCCAGAGAUUUUGCGCGUGCCCUUAUUGUAUUACAAGCAUGCAUCAAAUCAGUAGUGUUUGCCAGUGUAUGGCAUGAUCAACUCGGACACGUGAAAUUACAAAGAGUAACGGCUCUCGAACGGGAAGAAAAAAAGCGUCAAGAUAAGAAAGAUAAAAAGGAAAGGGAAGACGAAGAAGAGCGUAAUCGUUUAUUUAAUUUUGUCAAAUAUACGUUAGGCUUGAAACAUCAAGUCUGGAAACAAAAAGGAGAAGAAUACCGUGUACAUGGUCAAGGUGGUUGGCUAUGGGUUUCUGCUAGCCGCCGUUAUAAAUUAUCCGACAUGUCAAAAUUAGGCCUUCGAGUCGGUCCUCAGAAGAUUAUGGUGCAAAUUAAAGAUCAGGAGGGGCUAAAGAUCUUGGCUUUAGAUCCUCCUACUUAUGAUUUCUUAAUAAAGGAAUACUGUCCGUCUAAAAAGGAAGAGAAUAAUGUAGAAGUGAAAAUAAAACAAGAAAUCAAAGAGGAAGAAUCGUCUAAAGAUGGUACUGAUACUUCGGUAAAGCAAGAAUGUAAAACAGAAAAUAUAAAAACUGAACCAGUAGAAGAUAAAAAUAAUGCAGAAACGGCUACAAAACUAGAAACGACAACAAAAACGGAAUCGCAGACGAUUAAGCAAGAAACGAAGAUGAAUUUAUCAUUUUUAGCUGGCAUGAAAAUCGAGAAAGUUUUUACACCAAUCAAAGAAUUCGAAGAAAUUGAUAUUACUAAAGCACUAACGACCAAUGGGAGACUUCAUUAUCCGAAAAUUGCUAAAAAGAUUAGAAUUGAUGAUUUUCUUGCACGUAGAACACAUUUAAAACUUUUGGAAGAAAGAAGAUUAUUGCAGUCUGAGAAAUCAAAAGAGCUACAGAAUCAAUUAACAAAUCAAAAAGCUGAUGGAGAUUCCGAAGUUGACAUAGAAAAUAACGAAGAAAGCGAUACAGACGGCGGAGAUAAUUCCUUGCAAAGUAUUCUUACUGGAAAACAACCAACCAAAACUAUAUCUUCAUCGGCUAGAGAAAUGCUGGCAGUGAUAGGGAAGCGUAUUCAGCACGUCAAAGCUCAAUAUGCAAAUAUGAGACUGAAUAAAAAUGGUAGUUGUUAUUCACGAUAUUGUAAUAUGACAACACCCCCAGGAAAGGUUGCUACCACAACGCAGAGUUUAACAUCUACAUGUUACUCACCUAUGUGUCUCCAGAAAGCCAGAUUAAAACGUGAUCUCAUCACAUUAUUAAAAAAAGCCAAUGCUUUGAAUAACAAUCAAUCGCCGUCGAGUUUAGCGGCCGCGUCUGCAAAUUUAUCACAGAGUGAAUCAAAAAUUGAAGGGAGCGAAGAGGCUAAAGAUGCGAUUAAAAAAGAUUUAGAAUCCGCGGUGGCUUUGGCAACGCAUUGCACCGAAGAAACACCAGCCACUAAUGUAAUAAGAGAAGGAACUACGCCUCCUCUAAAAAAAAUAAAACUUGAAUCUAAUGUGAAUGACAUAAAGUCCGAGCCUGGUGUAGUAACGACUACAACGAAUAACGUAAUUACCACUACAACGGUAACUACAACACAGACUAUAAAAACAGUCGAUGGUGUUGUGAAAACUAUGCAAGAAAAUACGACUUCCAAAAAUUCAGUUACAUUUUCAUCCGAGACUAAGAUGAGCACUGGACAAAAGACAAUAAUCGUUAAUCGGAGAGGAAGAACCGUGCAAAGAAGCACGGUGGCUAAAGAAUUGAACGCAGAUGGUACAGAAAGAGUGUACACUGCUGUUUCAACCGAAGGGAAAGUCUAUUUGAAAAAAGUUGCAAUUUCUUUGGCGGAUCGAAAAAAGAAGCGUACCCCAGUUAAAUAUCCUCUGUGUUCUACAUUUAGUACAAAAAAUAAACAUCGUAGUAUAUUGCUACUUCCGCAACACGAAUUACGUAAAUUGUCUAGGGUCGGUGGACGAGUACCAGUUCAAGGUUUCCAUCAUAUGGCUAAGGCAAAUUUGUCGGUGUGGCCUUAUCCAUGUCCCAGACCGUUAUUUAAAACUUGCUGGUUAUAUCGAACAGUCGGGAUAAAAUCAUUAGCCGCAGCAGCUCUUCAAUUAAGAAUAUUAUGGGGGUGUCUUCGAUGGGAUGAUAUGGCUACAAAGCCAUUGUCCACGGACGGAAAACAUCAGAUCACAACGGAUACAGAGAUCAUGUCAUUGGAGAUUCUUAAACAUCGUCACGUUGGUCAGUUUUUAGAUAAAACACAGUACUUACGCAGAAAAGUUGUUAUACCUUUGGAACUUCCAAAACAAGUCAGAGAAGUUACAUCUAUAAGAAGUGGUCUUAGAAAAAGAAAAAGACCAGAAUCGCCACAAAGCACCGAACCACAAGUCACAGAAGAAUGGGUCGACGAGGAUAAAUUGGAAUUAUGGGAAAUUAAACAAUAUGGCGACAGGUUAGAGAAGGCUAAUGCCCAGAUUAUUACUAGGAGUCGAUCGGGUCAGCCACAGUCCAUAGGUGUUGGUUCUAAUCGUGGCACAGGAUCGAAUUCCGGUAUUAACGAUCAACUUGUCAGUGGCAAAGCAACGCCUGAGGAGAUCAAAGAGAAGAUGGAGCAGCAGUUACGCAUGCAAAGAGCCGCUCACCAACAAAAGCGAGCAUUAGAAACCCUCAAAAGUCCAGCUAACUCUGCUUCGCCUACUCAACUUGUUAAAGUUACCGCUAACUCUGGCCAUGACGGUACAGUUAAAUUAGUAUCCAAAGUUGCGAUACCAGCAAACCCAAACAGUGGAACAAAAUCACAAUUAACAUCUCUUUUGACGACUCCAACGCAAAACAAGACUUUUAUUGGCACCAGGCGUAUUUAUAUGGCAAAAUCCGCUGAUGGUACAACAAAAGUUGUUUCCGGACCUACAAGCAUUUUACCAAAAACGCAAUUGCAAACUGGAAACCAGCAGCAGUCUCUGAUUAAAGUUUCUGGUCAAGCAGCACCUGUACAACAAAUUCAGCAGAAAGUACAGAUUUUAAGAGGACCGGAUGGAAAAUUACAAGUCCGAGGUUUAAUGCCUGGUCAGCAAUUGGUUCAAAUGCCUGACGGAAAAUUACAUGUAUUAAAUACUGGCCAAGCAAUUACAACUAGUCUUGCGCAAACUGGUGGAACGAGCUCAACUACACAAGUGAAAACAACUACUACAGCAGCCACAACUAAAACAGUCGCUACACCUAAUACUACAGCUACUAAAACCAGUUCGACAAAAGCAGCAACGAAUGCAACGCAAGUACAAACAGCACAACAAUCACAAGCACAGUCCCAGCAGGCUGUGCAGACUGCGCAACGUUCAACGACAGCAACUGUGACCAUUGCAACUACACCUACUCAAUCAACAAAGAGUGCUAUUGUGGUGGCUAACACCGGGCAAAUUGUACAGGGUGCACAAGUUCUAUCAUCUAGCGGUCAAGUUAUCAGUGGAAAUCAAAUAGUAGUCACUAAUGCUAACUUAGCUCAACAACUUGCAACGGGUAAAGCUCAAUUGACGACAAUCGGUGGCCAUCAAGUGGUAAUUCGUAGUACUCCGACAGGCAAUCAAAUCGUGCAUUUAAAUUCAGCAAAUAGUAGCAUCAUAGUUAAGAAUGCUGUAACGCCAACUAAACAACAAGUUCCUGCCUUGCAAUCUGCUCAAACAACAACGGGAGCACAAUCAACUGAAACGACUAAUAAUGCUACCAAUGCGUCAACGAAUGUAACUCCAACUACCACGACCUCAACGAAUCAGACCUCGACGGCUCCAGCACCCGGAAGCGUAGAAGCAUCUUUGCUAGCUGGCCAACCACCUGGUACUGUUAUUAAAUGCGUCACUGCUCAAGUUAUACAAACUACUCAAGGACCUCGUAUAGUUUUACAAGGUCUGCAAGGUGCAGACUUUACCCCACAGCAGCUUGCAAUGGUCCAACAGCAAGUCAAACAACAAUUGCUUAAAGCUCAAGCUACAACAGGAAAACAAGGAGUACUAGGGCCUACUAAGAUUUACUUAGCUGUUCAGCCUGCGCCAAAUAGUCAACAAGCGAUUCAAAGCUCGCAGAGUUCUACAACGGCGAGUACACCCGCUACACCAACAUCAAAACAGCAAACUACACAACAACCGGUUGUGUCACCUCCAGCAGCGACCGAACCGCAAACGGGAACAGAAAGCAUUCCAGAGCUUCCGCCGACAACUACACCAAGUUCUCCUGAAAAGCCCAAAGUAGUUGUUCAGCAAGUUGGACAACACACUGUUCCUUCAGAAGAGCAGUCUCAGAAAACAAACGUGGCCAAUGGCCAGCAACCUUUGCAGUCUUUAAAAGAAGGAAACGACUCAUCGGCUAACAAAUUUAUUUUAACGCCUGAUUACAUCCAACAAACUAUUAAAAAUGCAUUGAAACAAGAAAAUCUUAACCCGGAAAUAGAAGAGAAGCUGCUUCAGCUGCAACGAUAUCAAGAGAAACAGAUGAAAGGUAGCGUCGAGAAUUCGGUAGCCACUAAUCAAACCCACGCAACACCGACGAUCACGACCCCGCGUGUUCCAUCUCGUAAAAGACCGGCGCCUUCCAACAUUCCAACAACGACCACACCUACAAGUGCACAAUCAACAACACACGAUCAAGAUACAGAAUGGGCGGAAACGCCUAGAAAGAAACCCGCACCAAAGCAAGAGAAUCGUGAAACUCCAAAAGUACAAAAAAUCGCUGAACAAACGGAGAACGAAUCGACGCCGAAAAAUCGAGCGGCAAAGCUGAAAGACAGUCAAGAGUUACGAAGGAAGCAGCAAGUGCAUUCUCGAAUGCAAGUUUUGUUAUUCAGACAUAAAGAACUACUUAAGAAGGAUAUUCUUAAAAAGAGAGCAUUGCUUGAAAAGGAAUUACAAAUAGACAUUCAGAAGGAUCUAUCGGCGGAAUUGGCCUCGAGAACGAAGGCAGAAAGGCAUAAACAGGACGAAGUUAAAGUGGGAAGUACAAAGCGUAAAGCAAACGCUCAAAUAGCUCAACAAGUUAGUCCACCAAACAGAGGUGGAAGGCCAAAGAAAUAUAAGGCGCAAGGAAAUAGCACCACACCACCUGGUGCUUCGACCACAGCUACUCCAAAUAGAAUUAAAAAAGAGAAGUUGUAUUGCCUGUGCAGAACACCUUACGAUGAAACGAAGUUUUAUGUGGGAUGUGAUCUCUGUAACAAUUGGUUUCACGGAGAUUGUGUGGGUAUCACGGAAGAAAUGUGUAAAACACUUUCAGAAUUCGUUUGUACUGAAUGCAGACAUGCAAGAGACACGCAAGAGUUAUAUUGCCUAUGUAAACAGCCUUACGACGAAUCUCAAUUUUAUAUAUGUUGCGACAAGUGUCAAGAUUGGUUCCAUGGCCGAUGCGUAGGUAUCCUUCAGUCGGAAGCAGAUAAUAUCGAUGAAUAUGUUUGUCCAAAUUGUCAACGAAACUCUUCUGUUAAUUUCGCUAAUAUGAAAAAUCUUAAUGCAAAAGAUCUUGAUCUCUUAAAGAAAUUAAUUAAACAGAUACAGGCACAUAAGAGUGCUUGGCCGUUUAUGGAGCCAGUGGAUCCAAAUGAAGCACCGGACUAUUAUAAAGUCAUAAAGGAACCAAUGGAUCUACAGACGAUAGAGUUAAGGAUAAACGACAGAUCUUAUAAAAAGUUAAGUGAAUUCAUUGGAGAUAUGACAAAGAUAUUUGACAACUGUCGUUACUAUAAUCCAAAAGAGUCACCCUUCUUUAAGUGUGCAGAAUCCUUAGAAACUUAUUUUGUUCACAAAAUCAAGAGCUUGAGAGAAAAGUUUUCUGAAGGAAAGUAAGCAAUAAAAAAAAAGAAAGAAGAAAACUGUAACUAUAAAUAGUGGAAGUGCAAAGCGUCAGCGGUUUAAUUUCGUGCAGUGUAAAAGGAUCGAUCUGUGCCAGUACACGUAGAAAAGAGACAUUCAGAGUAGCCAUAAGUACGUAAGAGUAGGACAUAUAUGUCCACUAUUUAUUAGAAUUGUGUGAACAGUUUCAUUUGCCUUCGUGAAGACGAACUUUAUUUUAAUUAUGCUGAACAGUGAAUUUUGAACCAAAACUUGCAGAAUCAAACCACGUCAUGCAUACAAUAAUUUCAUAUUUAGUUAAAAUGUAAUGUGAAAACAAUCUUUUUCAUUUAAAGAAGAAUCAAGUAUUAGUAAAAUUUUAAUUUAACGUUUAAAUUCGAGAUAACGUUAAUACCAUAUACAUUGUCAAAGUAAUGACGUUUAUUAUUUAUUUAUAUAUGAAAAUAAAGCGUUUGCGCUUGUAUCAUUUAUUGAAGAAAGAUAAAAUUAGAAGCGAAAAAUGUGCAAUUUAAAAAUAUUUGUUAUGUUCAUGCUGUUAAGAAAAACAUUUCUUCCAUUUCUCUUUUCAGAAGAAGUUGUGGUUCAGAAUUCCUGUAUAAGCAUCAAUAUUUAUGUACAUUUAUGAAAUACAUGUAAUUAUGCAUGUCAUGAAAAUAAUUAACAAAUAUAUCAAAUCAGUGCCACGUGAGCGUUUAGAACGAUGACUUUUUAGUAACCCAAUGCGAAUCCGUGAAAAAAUGACAAAAAUGAUGGAAAGUCUUUCGGAAGUUAAUCACAAGCAUACAGUAAAGAAAAGGAAAAUGGUCCAAUCGCAACAUCAUUAAGUUUCAUCUAACAGAUGAAGACUACAAAUUUUCUCUCACGUAGACGUAAGAACUAUUUAGCAAGCGCAUAAUAAAUUGUACAAAUUUGUUUAUUGUGCUCACAAGUAACUAUUAUUAUGUUGUUUUAUCACAUAAAUUUUCUAUCAAAUUGUUUAUAAGUAAUACAUACGAUGUUAGCUUGUAAGAAGUAUAGCAGGAACAUCUGCUUUGUAUAUAUCCAAGUAGAAGUGUCUAUAAGGGAAUAGACUGUAAUAGAAUUUUGGUUCUGAUAUGAUGAGGAUAUAUAGGGGGAAAAAGUCAGUUAAACGCAAGGAACUAAUUUCGAUGAAAAUAUUGUUUAUAUUUUAGCUAAUAAAACUAUGAGUAUGUUCGGUAUCUAUAAUCUCAAUGAAUAUAAAGAGGCAAUAUUAUUUCGUGGACAUUUAUCAAACAAAUACAUACACACACGUAAAUACAUAUUCAUAUAAAGAAGCAAUAAAAUUAAAGUUGCUUCUGAUGUUUCACUAAUGAAAUACAAGGGUGAAAGUAAAUAGUAAAUAUUUGACUCUUGGUCGUCAAAGAACUAAAACUUUUGUGAAUAAAACUACGUGUAGAUUUAUUCUGUGAGGGUUUAAUGUAUUCUCGUAAGGAAACAAAACCUGUUCUCUGAUAGUGAGAACUUGGGAGAGUCGUGGCUUCGUAUAUGUACAAUAACUGUAUGUUUCACGAGUUUGAGACGCGUCUUUUUCGAUCGUCAAUCAUUUGUUUAAGUGAAUGAAAGCAGAUCGCUCAAAGCAGGUUGUACAUUUUCGCCAGGAUAAUGCUUGUACAGUAUUUUUAAUUCAAAGUUCACGAAACCUGGCACUGAUCUGUUUUUUACCUUCGACUUUCGAUUAUAGUUACAGAAUACAUAGUUCGUUACUUUGCCCAGAUUUAUACACCGCAUUAGCUUUACUACGAACUCGCACAGAGUGAUCGAUUAUGCGUCUCGUUACACUUAUUAGGGCACUAUUUUAUCUUUGUGUAAUGUACUUCAAAAAAAAUUUUUUUUCCAAAAUAUGUCGGUAUAUCUGUUUUAUUUGUUAUAUGAGUUCUUUUUUUUUUUUUAUUUCUGCUUGCUUAAUUCUUUGCUGCGAUCACUUCUGUAUCUGCAAUUAAUGUUCAUUUGAUCGGCAAACAGCAAAGAUUCGAGCGAACAUUUUAAAAAGUAUUUUAUUUCGGGCGAGGAUGCCCCGACGGAUUUAAUCUUUGAGAUCGCGCAUAUAUUUUAAAUUCUUCCGCUUUGCCUCAGAACAGUUCCGACUCGUAUAGACUUCUGAACAAAUAUUAAUAAGUUAUUGAUUAUAACAAGUAUUAAGAGAUAUUUGCAUUAAGACACUUUUACGAGCGGAAUAAGUGCGCCAAUCUAAAAGUAACACAACGUUUACUAGCUUUGUUUAUCGUCUGAGACAGAUGGAAGAUAUAAACUGUAUCUCAAAGAAUCAAUCCUUUAAUUUUCACGAGACGCAUGUAAACUCAUAUAAAAUCGUUAAAUACUCUUGAAAUUGUGAAUGCGUUUAAGAUAAUCUUUGCCGAACUACGAUCGUUCUGUCGAGGAUUCUUUUCUUACGUAAGUGCGACAUUCGACAAUGUAUUGGGGUAAAAUUUCUUCUGUAAAAAAUUGUAGAAACACUUUAAAACAUGUAAUAGAUAUUUAGCCGUGUAAGUUUUUGGCAUGCUACUGAAGUGUAAAAACUGGGUGAAGAAAUUUGCAGCCGUGUAAAUUUUACGCUGCUCCAUUUCACUCCCCGCUUAUUAAUCAUGUAACAAGGUGUUUAUUUCUAUUAAGAAAAAAAAGCAACAAAGUGUGAUUACAUAACUAUAUUCGUCUAAAUCUAAUAUUACUAGUUUAUAAUAAAUAUAUUUGUACUAAUUUUAAUCAUAAACUUUGUUGUUUUUAUUGCACUAUAAAUAUAAGUUAGA